CUGUGAAGAAUGGUCUCUGCGGACCUGGAAGUGCUGAAGCCCCAACAGCUUAAGAAGAGAAGGCUGAGGACCUUGAAGUAGACAUGACGAAAACAAAAGAAACCAAGCCACCUGGUCCUGGACUGUGGACCAUUCGUCCAGAUGGAGAAGUUGCUUUGAGGCUAUCAAAACAUGGGCCAGGCCAUGAGCCCCCCUUAACCAUCCCAGAAUAUUUUCGGGAGUCAGUCAACCGAUUUGGGACUUAUCCAGCCGUUGCAUCAAAGAACAGUGGGAAAUGGGAAAUACUGAAUUACAACCAGUACUUCGAGGCUUGUCGGAAGGCUGCGAAAGCCAUGCUCAAGCUGGGCUUGGAGCGGUUCCAUGGAGUCGGCAUCCUGGGGUUUAACUCCACUGAGUGGGUGGUUACUUCUCUCGGGACCAUCCUCGCAGGGGGGCUCUGUGUUGGUAUUUAUGCCACCAACUCUGCAGAGGCUUGUCAGUACGUCAUUACUCAAGCCAGAGUGAACAUCCUGGUGGUUGAAAAUGACUUGCAGCUACAGAAGAUUCUUUCGAUUCCACAGAACAAGCUGGGGACCCUAAAGGCGAUCAUUCAGUACAAGAUGCCCAUGAAGGAGAACAACAAAAGCAACCUGUACUCUUGGGACGAUUUCAUGGAACUUGGCAACACCAUCUCUGACUCCCAGCUGGACCAGAUCAUCGCGAGCCAGAAGGCCAACCAGUGCGCCAUGCUCAUCUACACAUCCGGGACCAUGGGCAACCCCAAAGGAGUAAUGCUCAGCCAUGACAACAUCACGUGGCUGGCCGGGUCGGUGGCAAAGGACAUAAAGUUGACUUGCGCGUCGGAAAAGCAGGAGUUGGUCGUUAGCUACCUUCCCCUCAGCCACAUUGCAGCUCUGAUGAUGGAUAUCUGGUUGCCCAUGAAGGUCGGGGGUUGCACCCACUUCGCUCAGCCAGACGCUCUCAAGGGCACCUUGGUCAACACUCUGCAAGAGGUGAAGCCUACUGCCUUCCUGGGGGUGCCCCGAAUUUGGGAGAAGAUACAGGCGAAGAUAAAGGAAAGUUGUGCCAAAUCCUCAAGCUUAAAGAAUAAGGUGUUUUCGUGGGCAAGAAAUAUUGGCUUAAAGAUGAAUACAAAAAAGAUGCAGGGGUUGGUUGAGUCUUCCAUGAGCUACCGCGUGGCGAAGACACUCGUGUUCAACAGAGUCAAGAGCAGCAUCGGCUUCGAUCACUGCCACAUUUUUGUCAGCGGGGCCGCACCCCUCAACCGGGAGACUGCUGAGUUCUUUCUCAGCCUGGACAUACCUGUAGGCGAGAUGUAUGGCAUGAGCGAGUCCUCAGGCCCUCAUACCGCAUGCAACAUGGAUAACCUCCGGAUGCUAAGCUGCGGCAAAAUCGUAAGUGGCUGUAAGAACAUGCUGUACCAGCAGACCAGCGACGGCAUCGGGGAGAUCUGCAUGUGGGGCCGGCACGUCUUCAUGGGCUACCUGGAUAAACAGGAAGAGACCAUCGAGGUCAUCGACGAGGAAGGCUGGCUGCACAGCGGGGACCUGGGCCUGAUGGACAACCAGGGUUUCCUCUACAUCACCGGCCGCAUCAAAGAGAUGCUCAUCACGGCCGGGGGCGAGAACGUCGCCCCGAUUCCCAUCGAGAACAGGGUUAAAGAGAAGAUCCCCAUCGUCAGCAACGCCCUGCUCGUGGGAGACAAGGCCAAGUUCCUGAGCAUCCUGCUGACGCUGAAGUGUGAGGUCGACGAGAUGACGGGAGAGCCGCUGGACAAACUCAACUGGGAGGCCAUCAAGUUCUGCCGGGAGGUGGGCAGCCCGGCGACCACCGUGCGCGAGAUCGUGGAGCUGCAGGACCCGCUGGUCUACAGCACCAUCCAGAAAGGCAUAGAGGCCGUGAACCAGGAGGCCACCUCCAACACACAGAGGAUUCAGAAGUGGAUCAUCUUGGAGAAGGACUUUUCCAUCUACGGAGGAGAGCUGGGUCCAACAGCAAAGUUUAAGAGAAAUUCCAUCAUCCAGAAAUACAGGAAGCAAAUCGAAAGCAUGUACCAAUGA